AUGGGCACCGAAUCAAGUAAAGAUGGUAAUGAGAUCCCAAACAAAGAAGCAUUCACAUGCCCGCUGUGUCACAAAAUACCGAGUCAACCCAAGAUGACGCCUUGUAUGCACAUCUUCUGUCUUGAGUGCUUAGAGAAGGAAAUUGAGCAAAAAGACAAGCCCGAUGUCUUGAGGUGCCCAGUAUGUAAGGUCCAGUUCAUGAUACCCAAAGAAGGUGUUAAAUCCCUCAAGACAAAUACGACUUUGGAGGAUAUAUUAUAUUUAUUUAAAUCCCAGAAGCCUUCCGUCCAGAACUGUGGAAUCUGUCUAAAUAAUGAUGAGAAAACGGUUGCCGUCUCCAGAUGUAUUAAUUGUAACGACUUUAUCUGCGGUAAAUGUACAAAAACACACCAGUUCAUAAAGACGUUGAACGAUCACACACUAAUUCCACUGACUGGAGAUGCCAAAGCUGAUACCGAACAGGCUUUAGAGAUGUUACCAAAAUCAAUAAAAUAUUGCGGAGUACAUACCAACGAGGCACUAAGGUACUUCUGUUCAAGUCAUGGUUGCAAUAAACCUAUAUGUCGAACAUGCUGUAUCGAGACUCAUAAAGGACAUAACUAUGAUAACCUAGAGAAAUCCAUUAACCAAGAUAUGAAUAAUAUUGACAAAAUUAUUGAAAUAUCUGGUCGGAGAAAGAAAAUGACCGAGGCCGAAAUAUCAAAAGCAAAACGCAUUGAGGACAUAAUCAUUAAUAGCGGUCAGGUCGCAAUUGGGAAAGUCGAGGCAGCCAUGAAGGUAGACAUGGAGAUUGUUGAAAGGCACUACAAAGCUCAACUAGCAACAAUCGAAAAAGUAACCCAAGAAUCAUUAAAGAGUAACAAAACUCACACUGAAAAGCUUGAAGUUGAAAUGGAUAAGGAAAAUAAAACCAUUCACCACCUACAAGUACAAAAGAAAUAUGGACAUCCAGUUGAAAUCAUUAACUUGCGAAAAGAACUUUCACAAAAGGUUUUAGAACUAGAUGGGUCGCAUUUUAUCUGUUCACAGAUAAGCUCUGGCAUCACUGUACCGAAAUAUAACGAUAACAACAGACACAAACUUGAACUCCGUAAUGUUGAGAAAAUGUUAAUGAACACAACUGAGAAAAAUGAAUCUUUUGCUUUAAAACAGGCGUCUUGCAACGAGGAGCUGGAACUACCCAGCAAAGGCAAUAAACAAAAUGAAGAAAUUGAAGCUACAAUGUGA